CCGGAUUCCCCGGAAACGUCAACCCCUCUCGGGGACUAUCAUCACUCGGGACAGUCGACGGGGCACAUGGAAAAUGGGGGAACGGGAUCCGGAGAUGGAUUGCACGGGAUGAACGGUCUCGAUGGAACACUUGGUUCGACUUCGAGUGGCAAUGGCACUGGAGGUGGUGGUGGUGGUGGAGGAGGACUCCAGGCAAUGGUGAUUGGAACGCUCGCUUCCAACCGGACCACUGCCCUCGGCCGGUUACAUGCCAAAUCCGUCAUCCUGCCACCGACGGUGGCCAGUCUUGGCAGUGAACCGACAGACUUCAUGGAACAGUGGAACCCGAGUCCACCGUGGUCGGAUACGACGGCACAAAAGGUGCCGGAUAUAAGCCACCAGGAGUUAUCGCCUUAUAUGACGACGACACCCCCCACACCGACCAGCGCACCGCACCAGAUGCUCAACGGUGGAGGCUUUCCGACGGCUACCACCUUCUCCUUCGAUUGGAUGCCGGAACAGUUCGUGCCGAUCGUGACGGACUGUGGGGUAACGUCGGUCAUUCCACACCCGGGCACCAUCGUCACGUCGCAGACUAUGUCCGGUGUGUCCGGUGGUACGCUUGCUACCCUUACUUCGGGUCAUGGAAGCGGGAGUAGCAACAGCAGCAGCAGCAGUAGCCAUGCCGGCCAUGUCGGUAUGGUGCAUUCUGGGACAACCGUCGGUGGGGUCGGUUGUGUACUACCUCCUUCCUGUCUAACGCAGGAUGGACUUCCGAUCCCUGGGAUGUCCCUACCGAUGGUACCGGUGCCUCUGCCGAUUCCACCACCACCGUGGCCAUCGGAUCAUCGGUUGCUGGCCCUGGAUGGGACAUCAUCCGGCCAUGGGAUGACCAGCGCGAGCAGUAGUGAGACCGGCAGUGAAGAGCGGAAACCACUCGAUGAUAGUCGAACGGGCCACACCGGUCACGAACAACACUGAGUGGCGGGUGAAUGGUCACGAAUUCUACUUCGUUUAAUUUAUUUAUUUGUCCAAGUGUCCUCCUCUAUCGCAGCAGGAACGCAUCUCUCAGUCCAGACCGGGUUCGAAGGGCCCGGAUUGGCGCAUCUUCCGCUACAGUAUUUUAGAUGUUUUAUGGAACACAAUCCACGUCAGAGACGGACGGUUGGAUCCUCCUGUUGAUAUAGUCAUAGCUAGUGGCUGACCGAAACGGGCUCGACGCUCCCGUACAUUGGCCAAUAUUUAUUUUAAUUACUUCGCUGUAGGUAGCCGUGCUAGAGCCAUAAGAAGCCUUUUACGAGCUAGUAAAUGAUAAAUCCUCGUUUUGUUGUUAGUUGCUGUUUGGCAAGAAAUCGGGAGAAGCUGGGACGAAUCGGGGCCGUACAUGUAGCAAAUAGUUUAGUUAAGGUACUAUCCUUAAUAGAUGCGAAAGAUAAGUUUGUUUUGUAACUUCUGCUGACGAUAGAGUCAAACGGCAGGUUAUCGUAUAGUAUCGUAUUUUUAAACUUAAAUUGCUUUGUUAUAGGAUAGUAAGCCACUAAAGAAGGUGUACAACAA